AUGAUUAAAAGUAAAUCGACUUCUUUAGUCUAAGUAAUGAAUGCAAAAAAAUUAACUUUAAACAUUUUAAUGUUAAAGUAUUAAAGAUUUUAUGAGCAGGAUUCCUUAUUUCAAAACUUUCAAAUUCUAUUGAGUUCAUAAACAAACAAGUAUAAGUAACCUUUCUUGUUGUGGUCACUUAUGCAGGUAAAUUGCCGACUAAUAUUUUACAAUAGGAUCGCAAGUUCCUGUCUUGUCUCCACCUUUAAAUCUCUUACUUCAAUUUAUUUAGACUUGA